UUCAAAAAGAGACAGAUAACUCCAUGCAAAGCGGUUGAAAUUUUGUAACCUUACCUUUAAGUUUUGUAUUUAAGGGUUAGUUUAUGUUUUCAUUUGUGUAUUAUUUAAUUUUUUGAAACGAAUAAAACUUCCAAACUUUUAGUAAUUUAUUCCUGAAAUUGGUGUUAGUUUUUAUGUUCUUUUACAUUUGCUUGUUCAACUCAAAUUAGAUGUUUUAAGUUUAAAAUUUAUAAAAAAUAUAAGGAUGAGCCUCACGAUCUGGAUGAGGGUAUAUCCCAUCAUUGGUCCAAAAGAACAACAUGUAGGGGAACAUGUAGUGAAAGAAGUAAUGGAUAUCUGUAAGAAACAUAUUACAGAUGUUCUACAAAUGUACAGACCCUACACUAGAGAGGCUUUUAUACUCUGGAGAGACACUUGUUAUUGCAAGGAAAUAGUUGAGGAUGAUGAGAUGUGCAAUUUUGUUCAUACUUUGAGUAGAAGAAUGAAUUUGUGUGCAAAUCAGACUUGGGAUACGAUUUGCAACUUUCUAGUAUACGAAUACCAUGGAAAACGAGAUGAAUUGAAGAAUAUAAUUAGGUUUAAUUCAAAACUUGAUAUCUUAAUUGAGCGCAUAUGGGAUUUUUACUCAUUAGAGCGACUGUUUCUGGUAAAAACCUUAAGACAUAUCUUAGAAAAUGCUGAUAAUAAAUUUGAUAGGCACUAUAAAAAGUUUCAAGCAUUUCUAAGUGCUGUUGAUAUGUCUAAAUUGUGGAAGAUGUCUGUCCAAUCAUUUAAAGAACUGACCAAAGAAAUCAGUAAGCAAUCAUGUCAUUUAGUUACAGAAGAUCUUUUGAAGGAAUGGAUUCAUAGAAAUAACAGGGAACAAGUAGAAAUGGUGUUUAUAUUGAUGGAUAUAUUACCUCGUUAUAAAUUGGUGCAAGGAGAUAUCGAAAAAUUCCUUUCUAUUUGUAUCAGACAUUUUUUUGGUAGAGCUCCUUUGUAUCCAGAUUCAUUAAAAAUAUCUAGAAAAGAUGAUUUAUUGGAAAUAAAAAAUGCAGAAAUUGUUUUGGUUUUAGCCCUGUUUGAGAAGGUUUGGAGAACACCAGAACUAUGGAAAAAAUUUGAACCAUCUCUGGAAGAAAUGUUGGAUUUUCUCAAAAGACCAGGAAACGAUGAUAUUGUUUUUUAUACGUGGUCAUUAUUCAAAUUUACUACUAGAGAGAAUACAGAUAGAGAAAAAAGAGGUAUUCUUGUAGAUAUUGAACAAGUUUUAAAGAAAAACGUUUUUAAAUCCCUCUACAAGGUCAUGAAACAUAAGAUGUUUCAGGGAACUAAAGCUGAAAUCCUAAUGGCGGACGCUGUAAACUUUUUACUGAAUCAGAGUAAAGACAUCUAUAGUGAUUAUCAAGCUAUUUACGAACAAGAAGGAAUUCCCGAAAUACUAUCGGUCCUUGUACAAGUAAAAGGAGUAGCGAAUGUUGAAAUAUUUCAAUCAAUUUAUAAAUCUGCGUUGGAUUGUUUCCCAUACAUGUAUGAACCAUUUUUGGAGCUUUCCAAGUCUUUAUUAUCUAGUCCAGAGAAAUGUGCAUCGAUUGUGGUAUUAUUGAAACGUCUUCCUACGUUUCUGACUGAAAACGCUUGGAUCUCCCACGAAAAUAGUUCCACAUUGAAAGAAAAUCUACAAUUAUUCACAGACAGCAAAUUGUUUAUGAUACCUUAUGGUACCCUUAUUGAGAGGUUCAGAUGUAGAGACACUGAUUUGGUACAACUCAAGUACUCUUUUAGUUUCUUCUUACUAUUGGAACAACACAUAAAAUCGUUACAUUCUGCCUGUUUUGGCCUUACACCACCCAGUGUUUUUAAAAAACUCAAAAAGCUUGUUGUGGCAGGGUAUGAGUUCAUACAUCAUUACUUGAAGGAAUAUAAGGGUGACUAUAAAAAAGAUCCUGAACUUAGAACCCUUGUAGCUAGAUUACAUAUAGUUCCUGCUAGAUUUUGUGAAGGAGAGAAGAUGGAUUAUGAACUUAUUUUGCUAUAUUUUUCGAUACACUCAACAUUGGUCAAACAGGGUUUUCUCGAUUUUAUGGAAGCGUUUCCAAUUGACCACAGGAAGAAAUUUAUGCCGGUGGUACCACAUUACAAUAGGGACCACAAGGAUACUUUGUUCUGGCAAAUUUCAUCCAAAAGCUACCUCAUUCAAGCCUUAAAAGAAGAAGAAAUUAAAGAUACGCAUCCAUUAUUGGUGGAGUAUUUGGAGUUCCUCAAUUAUAUUGUUAAAAAUGGUCGAUAUGCCAUGGAGGUACAGUUACCUGGAGUAUGGUUUAUUAUAUAUUCGCCUUACCUGUUUCAUGAACGAUGGAACUACAAGGACCGCAGAGAAAAAGUAACCAUCAGUAGAUUGUGUUGCUCUGUAUUGGUAGAAGUUUUACAAAAACAGCUUAUUACAAAGGAUAGAGAGUCGGAUAUCAUUUUCGACUACGUUUUAGAUAUCUUUUUCACUGACAGUAGCGUUGCAACCCGUUUGUUGAGGAUUAUUACAAAAGAAAGAUCAAAUAUUCAAAACGCAAUGCUUCAAGAAAUCAACUGGAAUGAUGGGCCUGGUGAGGAAUAUUUAGAAUGUCUGAAGCUGCACAUAGUCCUUGCGUUUUUGUUGUACAAACAUAAAUCAGCAGUAGAGCAUAAGAAAAAUUAUUUAGAUGAGAAUGUGGGAGACUUUGCAAAGGCAGUCAUUUCAUACAUUGUUAAUCCCUUCUCUCUACCUUUGAGAUCGUUGUCGUGCAAAUUUUUGGAACUAAUUGCGAAGGAUCCUGCUGUCCCUUUAUUGUCGAUGUUGGGAUUGGACAUGGACCAAGUUCAACGAAUAUUUCUGGAAAGACUUCGAGAUGCGACUGAAGAUGACGGUUUCAAAUGCUUGCUUUUAGAUCUUAUUGGUACCUGCCUUUUUAACCAAGGUGCCAUGACAGCAGCUUUUUUUAACUUUAAAAGAUUUAAGAAAUGGUAUACUGAGAGCAGCGGUGAUGAGAUUACCCUAGGGCCUUGUGUUACGGAUUUUAUGAUAGAAAGUUUGUUAAACUUAAAGAAUUCUAAGGAUCCAAGAGUACUGAAGAGUCCAUUACAAAUAGGUAUACUUCAUAUAAUGGCAAACUUAUGGGUUACCCGCAGCCUGAACUUAGUCACAGAAGCGAUAAAAUUACCACAAUUUUGGCAACUGCUGUGUUAUCCUCUUUUUAAAGAAUUUGUUCAGUCGUUUAGAGUAUAUGGGUACAUUUUUAGAAUUCUCGCAGUCCAGCUUCUACAGUCUCUAACUCGCAGACAAGAACUCCAAUUUCUUCAGUCUCUAGCUCUUACACAAGAACCUGGUACACAAGAAGAGGAACAGAUUGAUGAAGAGGAGAUCCUGAAGAUGCAAGAGCAUAUUGAAGCGGACCAAAAGCUCUUUCAGUGCGUAGAAAGAUUUUUGAAAACUAAACAUCAAAUCCAGAAGUGGACAGACUUUUUCUUUGCCACUUUUAAAAAUUGUUCUAUGAAUUUAGAAGACAUCGAAGAAAGACAUUACUUCUUAAAAUCUUGGAUGGAGUUCUUUGUGGUAUUAGAACGCAAAGAAGAAUUGCCGAAGCUGGACAAAGAGCAUAGACAAGUCUUUCUCUGUAAGAGUUUGGAUGCAGUACAGUAUCCUAUGGUUAACAACUACUGCUUAAAACUAUGGAUGGACCUGUUACUUCUUCAAUUUGCCUUUUGGAAACAAACUGAACUGGAAGAUGUUCCCAUUGUGGCAGGAAAAGCUAUGGAAGUUAUAGGUACAAUAGCUAUGCGUUAUAGAUACGAACACCACACUACGAGGUUAUCCAUUCUCUCAGUCAUCCAAAAAAUGUUAGAAAUACUUCGCAAGCAUUUUGAAGUAUCAUCAGGUGAACUUGAGAGAGUAUUAGAAUUCUUAGGACCUAUUAUAGAGAUCGAAUAUACAGUAGUCCACGAAUAUCGUUGGCAUAACGAAUAUUGGGCAUUUGAUAUCGUAACUAGAGAGCCGCUAUUACCUUGGAUGUUAUGUAUUACCAUUGUGAAUGACAUUUUUCUGUUUAAGAACAUUGACGAAGUAAGUUACUGGUUUUCUUAUGUGGGGAUAAUACCAAAGUAUACAUAUUGUAUAAGCGAAUUCCUAAAGCAUGCCUCUGCUAUACCUCUGGUGAAACUUCUGUUCCAUGGUUUGGCCCUUUAUGCAAGUUCCAAAAUUGGAUUCGAUUUUUUGAAUUUUGAUUUUAAUCGAUUCUUCAUGAAAAUUGAAGUUUAUUUAUAUAGCUUGCUUUAUGGAGAUAGUACAAAGGUUAAUCCACUAGUAGUUGAAGAAGCAUGGUCAAUAACUUCUUCAUUGUUUCAACUAAUCACAGCGUGUUGCAAAAAUAUGCAAGGUUUGGCUAUUUCUAAGAUUUACAUUUUCCUAAACUUGGCCGAGAAACUUUUUGAGUAUGUCUUCGGAAUGGUAGGAACUACGGUGGCUUUGAGAGCUUUAGAUCUUAUUAUCAGCAUGUUAAUGCUAUUUGAUACGUUGCAAAUAAAUUGGAGUGUCGAUUGGUACCGUAAGUCUAAUGGGUCUUACGCAUAUCUGUUGAAUGGUAUUAAGAAGGUUAUUAACGGAUGCCUUUAUGCAAUUUUGAGACCCAAAAAUAUAAUGGUGUAUGUAAUAGAUAUUACGAACCAUGUAUGCAUGUGCGAUCACUUUCCCAUGGAACUCAUGAUCGCUAUUGUAAACAGAUUGAUGACCGCCGUUGGACUAGGAUGCUCAAUUCUCUACCGAGUUAACGCAGGACUAAUUGAUCUUAUGACCGAAACACCUCAAAUCAAAAUCGAAGUAAUGAUCGAAAACGACUUUAGUGUUCCAAAGUUCGAACUUCCAGUAACAAGUAAUCUCACUUACGGUAUGCUAUUAUGUUUAGCACAUUUCAUGUGCAAGACAUUGGAAGCCAUACGUCAGCAGGGUCCCCCAAAAAAUCAAGAGGGAACUGAAGAUACACCUAUAACGUUAUUUACGAGAGUAUAUGGCAUGGUACAACAUGAAGGAUUUUCCGAUAGUUACCCAACCCAGCAGCUGAGUGCGUUUCUGAGAUACGCUAUGUAUGAGUACACAGGACUAGCAGAUCCUUGGACUCUUAAACUCGAUUACAAUCGAGUGAAAACCUCCUUGGAAUCUUUGAUGAUGUUUUUAGGACAACAAAUAUUUUUGACUAUAAAUAUUGCUCCCUUUGAUAACGAAAGUUUCUUCAAAUUCAGAAAGAACCUUCAUUCAGAGUUACAGUUCUUCUACGAACACGUUAAAAAGAUAACUUCUUUGAUAUUGACUGAGUCUAACGCAACACCUGGCCAGUUUGAAAUGGAUGUGCUUAAGAAGUAUUUGUUGUAUUGUAAAGAAACGGGACAAUAUAAUAAAAUCAUUGAUACUAAUUUCUGUAUUGUACUUUCCAAUUGGUUUAUUGGUAUAAGUAAGUUGAAGUGAUAAAUUUCUGUAUGUUAUUAUGUUGUAUAAAAUUGUCAAACCUCAUUGUUUAAUAUUUGACAUUAAUGUGAAUUUUCUUUUUGUAUAAAAUUUGUAAAUAAAUAAAAAUUGUAAACUUUUAA